CUCGGGAAUCGGAACCCAGCUGAGCUAGGCUGGCUGGUGGCAGCUAGAGACAGCAUGCUUCAUGAAGGUUUGGAAAGAUCAAUCUCUGAGUCCAUGGUCGCAGCGUUCUGCUUGCUUGCUUUGCGUUCCCCUAGCUCUAUCUUUGUCCGAAUAGCGUUAGCUGGCAGCAGUUGGUCAGCUUGGUUGUUCUAACAGAUCCUGCAUGAAAAAUCAGCUACAUUUCUUGCCGAAAGAAUCGGAAUUUGAUUAUCGGAGGGCAAAGCCAGCUGUGAUCAGAAAUAGUAGUAGAGAUCCCUGCACAAUUGUACGACAUUGCAGCCAAAAUGGUUAUUUGUGCACUUAGUGCAUCUCAAGUCCCUGUCAUAAGCCUAGCAGACGGCCAAACGAAAGCUAGCGUCGCUGCAGCAAUUAGGGAGGCUUGCACCAACCUUGGCUUCUUUUAUGUCAGCGAUCAUGGAGUUGACGAGAGCCUCGUGCAAGCGGCAUUUGAGCAAUGCUGCUUGUUCUUCAAUCUGCCUGAGGAGAAAAAGCGAAAGUGCUUGCAAGACUCAAACAAUCGAGGGUACACACCGCUGGCGGAACAGAUGCUUGAUGCGUCGAGACAAACUAGAGGGGAUACAAAAGAAGGGUACUACAUGGGACGGGAGGUUCCGCUGGACCAUCCAGAUGCCAGCAAGCCCCUUCAUGGGCCCAACGUUUGGCCUGACCCAGCCCUCCUUCCGGACUGGCGGCCCACCAUGGAGCGCUAUCAGGCCGCCAUGAUCCAGCUCGCUUUGAAGCUGACGGACUUCAUUGGCUUGGCACUUGGAUUACCAGAGGGCUUCUUCAAAAAGCCCGGCAUGUUUGAUAACCCGAUGACAGUCUUGCGGCUCCUCCAUUACACAGAGGAGAAGUCCGCGCCAGAAGAAGGCGUCUUCGGCGCCGGCGCCCACAGCGACUGGGGAAUGCUGACGCUGCUCAAGACGGACUCUGUUCCGGGCCUCCAAAUCUGCCUGGAGAAAGACGCCGAGAAUCAAACGUGGCUGGACGUACCCCCCGUCGAGGGCGCUUUCAUUGUCAACAUCGGGGACAUGCUCGAGCGGUGGAGCAACGACCUGUUCAGAUCCACACUGCAUCGGGUGGUUGGCCGUGGGCAAGAACGUUUCUCGAUUCCGUUCUUUUUCGAGCCCAACUUCGACUGUCUCGUGGAGUGCCUCCCCCAAUGCUGCAGCCCCUCGAAUCCCGCGAAGUAUCCUCCAGUGACGGUUGGCGAGUAUCUCAUGGGCAAGCUCAAGUCCACACAUGCCGGCUAUAAGGCAUGACGAAGGCUCAAGACCGACGUGUUGAUUGCGGGGUCCACGCAGCAGCGGUUGAAGGACACCAUGAUUGCUAGAAGUUGCUUGUACCGCUUACUUGCCACUCACAGCAAGCAUUCUAUUGUUUUGCGAAGUGGGGCACGGAUGCCUACGCAUGUGUUAUAAAAGUUGCGCCUUUCCGUACAAAGCUAGAUGUAUAGAUGCUAGGGCUAUAGGAGGCUGAAGCAGUUAUGGUUAGUAGUAAGUGUCCAGAACGCCAUGGCACACCGCGAUCAGAAAAAAAAGCACUACUGCCGUUAGCAAGACUUGUAUUUAUGUAUAAGAAAUUAUAGAUCAUGCAAUUAACCGUCAAUCUGAUAGAGAAACAAUGCUCUGGGGGCCGAGCUGGCUUUGAAAGGAAAGGACGACAGUGCGCACUGGAUGCCAUGGUGACGCACGUUGUAUUAGGUAAAUCGAUCCUAGUCGGGCAACUAGCCAGAAUUGCGGACUCACUAGGAAGAAGUUGUGUGAUUCGAAUAUAACCUUAGUAAAGAACCAAGCUCUUGUUCUUCGAUCAAUGGUCAUCAAGAGCCAAUCGCGUGGGACGGAGAUCGAUCUAGGAUGCAAGAAGAUACACCGGUAUCACAAGGAUAGAAUAUAAACGCCCUCUAUGUGUACGCCUAUAAGCAGAAUCAGCAAUUGGCGCGGAUUAAGUACUCGUG